CCAUGCACUUUGCUGGUUAGCAGUACUGACAUAAUGAAUGUGCCAGUAAAAACAUUACAUGUAGUGUGCAAACACCUGUUCUCCCGGUAUGGUUUAAAAAGCGUUGCAACAAGGGGGAAUUGCGUGAUCAUCGCACUAAUGUAUACACCCAAAAAUGAGACGCUGAAGAGGAAGUUCGGAAACCUCCCAGUGCAAUAUAUGAGGCUGGGAGUUGAAAAUGAAACGGAAGUACAGAUGUUGGCAUCGGUGAUGCAUAAAUAUGUUUUUGAUUUAAGUGUUGAUGGGGAUGAGCAAUCCCCCCAAAUUGAAAGUCAUCGAAAAAAUCUCAAGAGACAACCACCACCAUCAUCAUCAUCAUCAUCAUCAUCACAAAAAGGAAUGGUUGCAAUUAAUUUGAAUGAUGUUGAUGAUGAUGAUAAUGAUGAUGAUGAUGAUGCUGAUCGAGAAGAAGAGCAAGACAGUACUAAAAAGAGGAAAGUAGUCACGUUUCCGGAUGACGAUGAUGGCUUUCAAGCUUGUUGUACUCAAAUAGUGGUAAAUGAUGAUGAACAAUGUGAAAUGAAAAAUUUUUUAAAAAAUAGAAAUAGUUAAAAUAAAAAUCAUAAUAAAACAAAUAAAUUUUUUAUUGUAUAAACCGAUUAUAUAAUCCUUUCAUUAGUGCAACUUAAUUGAACUUAAAGUUCAAAAGCAAUACUAUAUAUCAGGUAAAGAUAUUUCGAAAGCAAUGGAAAGUAUUUUUAAAGGAUGCAAUCGUACUAAAAAAUCUUCAAACGGAUCAUGAACAAAGUAUCGGUGUUACAACCGAUAAAAGCGGUUGGCUGGAUGAAACAGAUCAAUUAAAACAGACCUGUUUGAUAGUAGAUAUCUGCUUCGGUUUAAAUGAUCGACUUCUGUUCAAAUUAUACUGAUAAAAAGCGA